AUGUCUUCUCGCGCUUCUGCCAAAUCACCCACUCCAGGAUCCUCAUCCUCUUCGCGCAACCAGCCUCAGAGCCUCGCGCAGGAGCCCGCCAACACUGAGGACUUCGACAUGCCGGACCUCAAGUACGACUCCGAUGGAGAUAGCUCUUUCACCAAGGAAAGCUACGAUAAGCUCCGACGCAUAAUCCAGAAACAAGAAGCCGAGACAAAAGACAUGCAGAAAAUCGUCAACGAAAACCGACAAGCAAUAGAAAACCUCAACAAGCAACUCCAGCACGCUGGACAGGCUUAUAAGAAGCUGGAAGAAGACAUCAAGGGGGACGCCAACCUCCGGAAGAUCUAG